GCCCACUGCACUGUAAAAUCUUCUGGAGCACUUUGCGUGAGCACAGCACACUGGUGCACAACACUGAGAUUGCUGUCACUUGCAGUUUUGCUCGUCAAAACGCAAAAAGGAAAAUGACCAAGGAAGAUAAUUACAAAGAAGAGUUUGGCUAUGAUAAAAUGUCUACAUUGGAAGGAGUAAAACAGGACAAUGGAAGUUACAACACCGACUUUCAAUCUAGUGAUCUUCAGCUGGACAGAAAAUGUCAUACUUGCUUUCAUCACAGGGGAUGGAUCUACAGUCUGAUGAUUGGGAGUUGCCUCCUGAUAACUACUGGCUUUUCAGUUUAUCUGGGAAAUGUAUUUCCUGAUGAAAUGGACUACUUGCGUUGUGCAGCAGGUUCAUGUAUUCCUGCAGCAGUUGUCAGUUUUGCUACAGCUAAGAGAAGAGUUAAUACGUUACCACACCUCCAGCUUCUCUUUAUCUCCACAUUCACGAUCACGACAACGUGCAUGAUUUGGUAUGGGUGCAAACUGCUCCUCAAUCCAGCUGCGUUAAAUAUAAACUUUAACUUGGUUUUACUUGUAAUUUUGGAAAUUCUCAUGGCAAGUAAAGUCAUCUUGUCAGCAAGAUCCGACACUAAAUGCUGCAAGAGAAAGAAAGUGUUGUCAUACAAUGAAACAACAUUCUUUUGUCACAUAAAAUUCCCAUCUCGUACUCUGAAGUCUUAUUCGGUGGUUGAAGUGAUUGUGGCAAUUUGUGCAGUGUUUGGUGGAAUUAUUGCUCUAAACAUGGGUGCCCUAGUUCCUGGACCUUACCUCUCUGUGACAUUCUUUUGGAUUUUGGCUGCAUGUUUUCCUGGUGCUAUUGCAAGCCAUGUUGCAGCAGAAUACCCCUCCAAGUUCAUGAUAGAGGUCUUAAUUGCAAUGAGCAGUGUCACAACGCCAAUGCUGUUCACUGCCUCUGGCUAUCUAUCCUUCAGUAUUAUGAAGUUCAUUAACAUCUUUCGGCAGAAUUCAACAAGUUUGCUUCAGUCUUAUGAUAUUCUGGUAUUUGUUCUGAUGCUUCUGUUGCUGGUUCAGUCCAGUCUGAUGCUUGCCACAAUUGUCCACUGUGUGAGCUACAAGAUGCAGCUUAAAUAUUAUGAGUCAACAUGGAAUAUGUCAGUUUUCCAAAAGGAGAGCUGUAAGACAGUUGAGAUACCCAAAUCUGCCACAAAGGACUUUGAUAAAGAUAAGGCAUGGAAAGCAGUCAUGGUUCAGAUGGUGCAGUAGCAACAAGCUGUUUCUUGGAUGAGCCUUCAAAUUAUAGCACAAACAAUUGACAUGUAAUUUCUUUUUUAUCCAUUGGUCAUUUCUGAAUAUGACAUACCAUCCAAUGAGAAAGCUUUAGGGAAACAUUGUAAAUAAUAUAAUUUUUGUUCAAUUAAUUUAGGAUUUCUGUAUCAGACUGACAUUAACACAUGGAUCUGUAUCUUUAAAAAUCUAGUUUCACUUGAGUUAACUGCAAAAUAACAUUUUCUACAAUAUUGUUCUAAUUUACACUGUAACAGAUUUUUAUUUAGGUUCAAUUUAUAUUGUGUACUGGAAUAACUGGAAAUAUACUUUAGCAAUGAUGAACAUUAAUUGUGUUUAUUGGUGAAAAAAACAGCAACAAAACUUGACACGGAAGUACAAAUCAGCAUUAUGAUAUUCAGCAUUAAUUGACAUCGGCUUAGCAUGCUAUAUAGUUGUCCAUCUUUUUUGCAAAUUUGCAAUCUAUUUCAGUUAGUUAAGAAUGAACAGUUUUGAAAAUAAAUUACAACUUGCUGAAAAGUUUACUCUUGAGGAUUUGUUUGAGCUCUCAAACCAGCUGAGAACCUCAACAUCAGAUUCUUUAAGUAUACUUUGAUUAGCCCAGCUUGUGGUGGAUGUAAAACUUAGCAUGAGAGAAGCAGGAGAGUUGUGGGAGAUUUCAAUCUUGGCAUGGAUGGAUGAGGUAUAAACAAAAACCUUUUAUUUCAUGCAGCAUACAGCUCACCUCUGCUCUCUCAGCCCACUCUCAACUGUGAUAUAGAAAACAACAUUUUUGUACAUUUUUUUGGGACAAAGAACACAACUUCAAUGUGUAACAUUUUACUUGCAAUCUAAGAGCUAAUCUGUGUACAGAGAACUGUGUGAUUGGUAACUUCGUCCCUUACUGUCCCUCACAGGUGGACCACAUAGAAACCCUCUUCACCCUCCCGGGGUCUGGUGGUCUCAUCUGUUAGGUAUUUCUGAUAUUAGGCCAAAUUACUGUUAUCUCUGCUCCUGUAAUAACCAAUGACUCCUCUGCUGAGACCCUAGUUGGAGAUGUCUUAGAGUGGAGCCACUGGUGUGUAUCCUACUACAGCCAGCCGGUUACUGUCUCUGUUUCUUCCAAUGCACUGCAGCUGAGACCUUGGCCUUAGUAAAGCUGAGAGGGUGUUACUGGGAGUAUUGUCUCUUAUCCCAUGAAGCUGUCUGCUUUGGUGCCAGCUUGCAGUCAUGUCUGACCUUCACUUCAGCAGCAGGCAACUGAACCUUUCUUAGUCUAAUGUACAAGGUCAUCUUAACUCUUGAUUGCCUGUGCAGAUGAAAUACAUGUCAAUUUGUCCCCUCCCACCUGCUCUGAUAUUCAUAAGAUCAUGGCUGAUCUUUUAUGUCAGUCCCACUUUUCUCCAUUUACCCCAUAAUUCUUGAUUCCCUUAAUAUCCAAUCACUAUCCUAUCUUUGCCUUGAAUGAACUCAGCAAUGAGCCUCCAUAACUCUCUUGGGUAGAGAAUUCGAAAGAUUCACUACCUCUCAGUCCUGAAUGGCUAAUCCCUUAUUAACCCCUCAAGUCUUGUAAAAAUUAAGAGCCUUUCAAUGAGAUCACCUCACCUUCUUUAACCUGAAGAGAGUAUAGGCCCAAUCUGUUUAAACAGCCCUCAUAGUUUAAACCUUGCAUCCUAGGAAUCAAUCUAGUCAACUUUGUUACACUUCCUCUAUUGCAAGUAUAUCCUUCUUUGGAUAUGGAGACCUAUCUUGUACACAAUAUUCCUUAUGUGAUCUCACCAGGAUCCUCUAUUAUUGCAGUAAGACUUAGCCACUCUUCAAAUUCUCUUGUGAUAAAGCCAAUGUAUCAUUUGCCUUUCUGAUUGCUUGCUGAAAUUUUGAGUGAUCCACUACGUGCAGAACCACCUCCUUCAAGAACUUGGAUUGCAGGUGAUCAGGUUUUAGCGAUUUAUUGGCUUUCAAUUCCACUAAUUUCUAUUUUUUAGCUAAUACUAAUUUCUUUCAGUUCCAUAUUCACUCUAGACCUAAUGUUCUCCACUGUUUCUGGGAGGUUUCCCAUGUCAUUUUCCAUGAACACAACAUACAUUUUUACUUUCUUUGUAAAAACUCUGAAACAUUGACACAGUCCCUGCCCUGUCCCUGGUGAUUUUGGACGGGAGCACUAGCUGUUCAAAUUAAGGCCUGUUUGAGAAUCACAAUGUGGCAUCCUCUGACGAGAAGUUAUGGAUUUGUUUUUUUCAUUCAAUUCCUGACCAUGAUAUCAAUUCCUGACCAUGAUAAGCUUGUGUUGUGAUCCCUAUUACUAAGGCUGUCUGUAUAGUACUUGGGUUACUUCCCAUCACAUUCCUCAUCCUUUCAUGAUUCAAGUCUAUGAUUUUUUUGACAUUCUCUGGUGAAAAGUCAUGGAUUUGUUUUAGUGGGGGGGGUGGGAGGGGGAAGAAUAUUGGUGGUGGGGGCAGAGAGAAUUUUUAUGCCAAUACUGUUCUGUCCAUUCUGGAAAACAGACUGGUAGGAGACAAAAAAUAGCUCCGUGUGUUGUAGCUGUACAUAAAAGAUGAUAACUAGAAUGAAAAAAAUAAGCAUUUUAAUGCCCUUAGUGUCCAUUGGAGUCCCUUGUCUUUCAGUUUUUACAGUUUGUAAAGUUGAUGAUACUUUAUUUUACUUCAUUGGUUUAUCUAAAUUGUUAUGUGAUUGCUUAAUGAUCAUGUAUAUUCUGUAAACUCUGAUAUUUUGAAGGCAUGCUUUAUUCAGGGUCCAAUAAAAUAAUUUGAUUAAGCUCUU